AAAUCUACUAUAUAGAGCAGUUUGCUUUUAUGUACAUAUAAAUUUUAAUGUAGGUAUACACAAAAAGAAUUAAAAUCUGAGUGCACUUUAGGUGCUACUAAUAAAAAUCUUUUUAUUGCGUUUUACGUUAGUAUUGAAAACACGACAAGGACAUGGAAGACGAAUUAGAAGAUAGAGUUUUAUAUCAAACAUAUCUUUCGUUCAUGAAAAUCUUGUCACGUUUCACUAGCAGUGUUCCGCUUGAUACUCCCGUGAGCUAUUUAUGGAAGAUGGUGCGCCUUUAUUUACUACGAUCCGAAUUUGUAGUGUUCACGCUAGCCCUAAUAUUAUUUUUUAUGUACUUACAAUCUAUCGAGCUAUGGAGUCGUACUAUGCUAAGCAGAUUGUCGCAAGCCAUGAGCCCUAUAAGUGCAGUACAACGGAUGAAGAUUUUGGAAGGCUCCGAUGCCGAUAAACAAAGCUGGGAGCAAAAGGGAACACUUAGCGCUGCUUACGCAAUCAAAGGCAGACGAAUGCAUAUGGAAGACCGAUUUAUUAUCAACGAAAACAUAAACAAUACGGGGAUCUCACUGUUCGCAAUAUUCGAUGGACACGGAGGUGAAUUUGCCGCCAACUACGCAAAAGACCACCUCAUUCAAAACCUGUACAACAAAAUAGUGGAGCUACAUGCAUUCAAGGAUGGUAAGAUACUGAGUCCUCCUGUGAUAGAGGUGACAGAGGAACCUAAUCAGAAAGAAGAAAACAGUAUUACUGUCGAUAGGAAGUCUAGCUUUAAAAAAUCUGUGAGUACAGCUGAUGAUACAUCAAAGAAAGAAAUAACCGAUCCGGAGCUCCUGGCUCAGUUGUCAAAAGCAAGGCCUAUCACUAGAGAGGUUAGGCCAACUGCUAAACCAGUGAGAAAUGUUGUUAAACCAUUGACCAGCUAUGUGGAUAAAGGAAAGAUUAAUUAUGGGAAAUUGUUGACUGACGAAGUUCUGGCUGCAGACAGGCUGCUUGUGGAGGCAGCGAAGAGGUCCAUGAAUGUUGCGGGUACCACAGCUCUGCUUGCAGUGAUGGAAGGAAACCAUCUCAUCGUGGCCAAUGUGGGCGACUCUAGAGGAGUGAUGUGCGAUUCACGUGGCAAUGCUAUUCCUGUAUCCUUUGAUCAUAAACCACAACAGGUUCGUGAACAGAAAAGAAUUGAGGCAGCAGGUGGCUACAUAGCAUUUAAUGGAGUGUGGCGAGUGGCAGGUAUCCUGGCGACGUCGCGCGCCAUGGGAGACUACCCCUUGAAAGAUAAGAAAUUUGUAAUAGCUGACCCUGACAUAUUAACUUUUAAUCUUGAUGACCACAAGCCUAUGUUCUUAGUACUUGCUUCUGACGGCUUAUGGGAUACCUUUUCAAAUGAGGAAGCUGUAAAAUUCAUUAAAGAAAGGCUCGAUGAGCCUGAUUAUGGAGCUAAAAGUCUAACACUACAAGCGUACUACAGAGGUUCUGUUGAUAACAUCACAGUUUUAGUCAUCAAUUUCCUAACUAACAAAGUAUUUGCAGCUGUUUCUCAAUAAAGUGGGGUAUAUAUGUAGAGUGUUAAAUUCUAAAAUCUUACAUCUUAUGAAAGAUUUACAUAAAAUUAUUCCCUAAAGUUGUAAGAAUUUUUUACUAACUGAUAAACGAAAAACAAUGUUAAGUAAAAACGCGGGUUACUCACGUGAAUAUACUGAGAAAAGCUCUACUAGUUUCGAACCACAGAGGC